AUGAACAACUCGACCGAGUUUGCCCUGCUGCUGAAGUCGCAUUCCGCGGAGCGGGCCAAGGAGCUUCUCAGCCAGCGGUAUUCGAUUUUUGGCGGUCAGAAGCCCUUUCUAGUGUUGCAUGACGCAGCAGCACCCGCUAAGCCAGCAAGGAGACGAAGUCGCAAAGGAGUGACUUCAGCAGCCCUCAAAGAGUUCAAGGAAACGUUUGAUCCAGACAUGUACCCGCAGUUUGUUGCUCUCAACGAGUUAUGGCUCUCGUACAUUAACAAUGUGCUUGGAGACGCAGCAAAACGAGACGCAGUCACCGCCGCCCAAAAGUUGCUUACGGCGGAUUGGCAUGGAGCCCGGAUCCGGAUCACCGCGGCCCGCAACCCUUCACUAGUUGGGAAAGCGGGCAUUCUGUUGUGGGAGGGCCGAUCUAUGAUGCUAAUUGUUACGCCCAAACGGCAAUUGAAGCAAGUCACAAAGGCAGGCACCGUCUUCCAGCUUCAGGGCGUGACGCCAUCCAUUGAGCUGGCGGGCAGCCGGUUGCUUGUGCGAUCUACGGAACGCACAACACGUAAGUUUAAGCCCCACGACGUGCAUGACAUUGCACCUCUGUUGGAUUUAUGA